AUGAAGAUCGUAAAUGACGAAAAUUCAAUGAAUAAUAGUAAUACUUGUGUUCACAUGCUCUAUACAAAAAUUGCAACGAUUAAUUUGUAUAAAUACCAGUUAUCUAUAUAUUACUCAAUUCUAAGCACAGGGUAUACAAUAUUAAAAAUGAAGCUAAGCACCACCAUUUGUUACACGUAUUUGAUUACUCUUGCAGUAGCAGCACCAAUUGAAGUCACCAAAGCGUCUGAAGUCGUUACACCAAGAAAUCUCGCCAGUUUUGAAAAGGCUCUAGAACUGAAAGUGGUAUCCCUCAAAACAGCUGCUUUACAAUCAACCAAAAAUUCUAUUUCAAAUGGGGUGAAUUCUGCUAAAAGCGUUGCUGGGAAUGCUGCAAGUUCAAUUGAACUGGCUGCACAACUGAGAUUUUCAUCUGUUGUCGCUGCCGCACAACUGGAGGCUGCUUCUCUUAAGGCUGCUGCUCAGCAGGCUAUUGCAAAUGCAGAGCCGGAAGGUGAUGAUGAUAUUGCUUGUAUUCAGGAAGACUUACAACUGAAAGCAGGAGAGCUCGAAAGUGCUGUUCAACAAGCUAUCGCUUCGGCUAAAGGAGCGACUGCUCUGGAAAUCGCUUCCAUCGAAUCGUCUUUGGAACUGAAGGCAUUAUCUCUCAAACAAACAGCUCAGCUGACAGUAUCAUCGGCAGAAGAUGCAGGCAAACUGAAUAUAAUCUCUGCUGAAAAAGCAGUUAUCCUGCGGGUUGCAACACUUGAGAACAAUUUUUAUGACAAGAUUGGUUCAGCUAAGGGUUCUUUUGAACUGAAGGCUGCCUCUUUUAAAGAUGAACUUGAGUCUUGGUUCUGA